AUGAACAUUCUAAAGAAAUUUAUGGAUUCUGGAAGCAGGCCAGAGCUGAUUACCAUACCAUCAGGGCAAUUCAAUCUUUUAAGGUCUAAAAGCUCUCCUAAAGCUGCUCUAGAAUGCAUUUACAAUAAUGCUACUCUAAGCGUACGUAAAGUAGGCAAAUUUGACUAUGAAUUGGCGGUUUAUAGGGUAGAGGAUGAUAGUGAAGCUGGCACAGGAGAUGAGGCUGAGAAUUUUGAUGAUGACACCAUCAGCGUUUUAUCCACCCAAUCCAAAAAGAAAGAUGAGGAAUGGAGCGUCGAAAUAUCCGAUAAGAUUAUGUUUCACAAAACCUGGGAUAAACAAGGGAACAUAGCGCUUGUGUGGGAGAAUUUGAGAGGUGAUGAGCAAGAUGAAAAGGUCCAGUUUGUUGUUACCCCUGAUGUCUCGAUGUCUGAUGUCGAACAAUUUAUUCAAACUGUUUACCGGUGCCAAUACGAAGCAAGAAAUAAGAAAUACUCUCUUACUGCUUCAGCAGAUGAUUUGAAGGAGAUAGAAUAUAGGUCAACAAGAUUAUUUGUCCAAGAUGAUGAUGCUGAUGAGUCGGAUUCAAGUUCGGAUGAUUUUCAAGAUGCCAAUGACUUAUCUUUUGAGCGCCAAAAGGAUAAAAAUGACUUAUUGAAUAGAACCCCUUCUCCAUUAAAAAAAAUACCGGAAGGUGAAAAUCGUUGCUUAAUGAUGUCCAGCUUAUACGUAUAUGAUCCGAUUCAAGAGACAUUCGUUUUACAAGAACCUGUGGCUAAGGUAGCAAUUAUUGAUACAGGUAAAUAUGAGUUUUGGUUGGCUAUAGAGGGCAAAGAUACUCGUCUCGGAACCCAAGUUGCUCCAAAUAUUAAUCCCACUUUUGAAUUAGUGACCGAUGCCUUUCUUUUCAAUUAUACGCUACAGAACAUCACCUUAUCCUACAUGCUAAAGUUCAAAGACUUGGAUAAAUGUAUUCAGUUCAGAUCUGUCUGGGUCGAGUGCUUAUGGAUGACUUUAAACAAAGAAACAUGGAAAGAUCUUCCUGAAAUGGAGAAAGACUAUAUUUUGGAUUCGUCAUCCGUACCACUAGAAAAGCAAUUUGAUGAUAUUUUACACUUAGGUGAGAGCCCUCGUGAAAAGAAGGAUGAAGAAUCAAGUGAAAGUGAUAGCGAAGAUGACGAUGAAGAAAACGACCGUUCCAAAAGGAUUAUUUCUUCUGAAGCUUUCGAGGAGCCUAAACGAGCAACUUCGAAGGGGAACAGUUCAUUGACCAUUGCUUUUAGAAACAACAGAUCAUACGUUACAAGAGACAACAAAAUUGGUGUAUUCAAAACCGACGAUGAAGAUGAUUCUUUAGAAUUCGUUGCUGCCAUCAAGAAUGUGUCUAAUUUGAGCGGUGAAAGUAUUGAUCCUCACAAGCCAAUGUUGUAUAUGGAAGAUCGUAAUCUAAUUCUUACUGACGGCCAAAGUGAAAACAAACUCUACAAGAUGGAUAUAGAAAGGGGUAAGGUGAUUGAAGAGUGGACAACUGGUGAUAAGAAUGUUGUCCAGUAUGGUCCGACCAAGAAAUUCGAUCAAAUGACUCCGGAACAGACAAUAGUAGGUGUUUCGCAGAAGGGUGUAUUCAAAAUUGAUCCAAGAAUUAGCGGAAGUAAUAAAAUAGUCGUUGAUGAAUCAAAGGAUUAUGUGGGUAAAUAUAACUUUAGUUCUAUCGGAACCACCGAAUCUGGUUAUGUUGCCAUCGGCUCAGAAAAAGGUGACAUAAAGUUAUAUGAUAGGCUGGGUAUCAGAGCAAAGACCGCCAUACCUUCAUUAAGUCAGGCAAUCAAGUAUAUCACGAUAUCGGCAGAUGGCAAAUGGUUAUUAGCUACUUGCGAGAGUUCUUUACUUCUUAUGGACCUGGAAAUUAAGGACGGUAAAAAUGCAGGUAGCAUUGGAUUCUUGAAAUCUUUUCCAGCGAGCGAAAAUGUUAAAACUUAUGUGCUAAAAAUACGGCCAGAACAUUCAGCAUUCAUUUUAACAUACACAAAGAAGCCUAUCAGCUUUACAAAGGCAUACUUUAACACCGGCAUAGCCCAAAGAGAACAAACUAUCGUCACCUCAACGGGCCCUUAUGCCAUUUCUUGGUCAUUAAAGGGUAUUUUAGAACAAGAUGGUAGUAGAAACUAUCCUUACAGAAUACGUAGGUACAACGGUGAUAUCGUUGCCGAUAAUUUCGAAUUUGGCUCGGACAAAAAGGUUAUAGUUGCCCUGAAAGAUGAUGUUUCUCUAUCGAAAGUGAAGUCCUUCAAACAGCCAAGCAAGGGAGUGUUGAUGCCGGAGGCUUCCCUUCAAGAUUUUUACGGUUAA